GCCGCUGGGUGUCGCUACAGCCCCAGGAAGUGUCCGUGUGCACCUGCACGUUGGUUGGAUGUGACCACUGCUGCUGUGUGGGCUCCACACACGCCGACGACAGGAGACGGACUCGAACUUCGCACAGCGGCGGACGUGUUCCUCCCGUCACCGGCCGUCGUCUGGAGGCAGCAGCGGAUCACACAACGAGGUGAGAACCAAUGGGGCCGUUUGUGAGCGCGCGCGAGCCCCUGUAGGUUAAAGAUAGCAGUGUGUGUGUGGGAGUGACACGCACUCGCACGCCGACCCGCCGAGCAUCGAACAACAACCGCUGGAGGAGCCUCGUCACUCGGACACAGCAGAACAGUUGAUCGAACGCUUUUUGUGGAGGAUACAGGGAAGAACCAAUAUUCAAAAUGCCUGUGGCAACAUCCAGCUCCGACUCGGCCAUGCAUCAGGCCCUGGACACACUGAGCGACAGCACAAGUUCUACAACCGCCAACGACCUGGACCUCAUCUUCCUGAAAGGCAUCAUGGAGAGCCCUGUGGCCCAUGAGCGGUUCGAGGAGCCCAAGCUGGAGGCUGUGAGGGACAACAACAUGGAGCUGGUCCAGGACAUCCUCAAGGAUCUCGGGCCGCUCGCAGAGAGGAGCCAGGCAGCCGACGAGCUGGCCGACAUCCUGAAGGAACCCCACUUCCGGUCGCUCCUCGAGACCCAUGAUUCUGUGGCCUCCAAGAACUAUGAGACCCCUCCUCCCAGCCCCUGCUCCUUCAUGGACUCAGCUCUCAACAACCAGCCGGUGCCUCCAGACGCAGUUAGGAUGGUGGGGAUCCGAAAGGUGUCCGGUGAGCACCUGGGAGUGACAUUUCGGGUAGAAAGUGGCGAGUUGGUGAUUGCAAGGAUCCUGCACGGCGGCAUGAUCGACCAGCAAGGUCUGUUGCACGUGGGCGACAUCAUCAAGGAGGUGAACGGCAAAGAGGUGGGCAACGACCACAAAGCGCUCCAGGAGAUGCUGAAGGAGGCCAGCGGCAGCGUGGUGCUGAAGAUCCUGCCCAGCUACCAGGAGCCACACACACCGAGACAGGCCUUCGUCAAGUGUCACUUUGACUACGACCCCUCUCACGAUAACCUGAUUCCCUGUAAGGAGGCGGGGCUCAACUUCAACAGCGGAGACAUUCUGCAGAUCUUUAACCAGGAGGACCUCAACUGGUGGCAGGCCUGUCACAUAGAGGGAGGCAGCGCGGGCCUCAUUCCCAGUCAGCUCCUCGAGGAGAAGAGGAAAGCUUUUGUGAAGAGAGAUCUGGAGCUCACUACCACAGGUCCUCUAUGUGCUGGGAUGGGGGGCAAGAAGAAAAAAAAGAUGAUGUAUUUGACCACCAAGAAUGCAGAAUUUGAUCGUCAUGAGUUGCGGAUCUACGAAGAAGUCGCCAAAGUCCCGCCUUUCAGAAGGAAGACGCUUGUUCUGAUUGGUGCCCAGGGGGUCGGCCGUCGCAGUCUGAAGAACAAGCUGCUGGUGUCGGAUCCCCAGCGGUACGGCACCACCAUACCCUUCACCUCCAGAAAACCAAAGGUGGACGAGAGGGACGGCCAGAUGUACUCCUUCAUGACCCGCAGUGAAAUGGAGUGUGACAUUAAAAACGGCCGUUUCUUGGAGCAUGGUGAGUACGACGGGAACCUGUAUGGGACGAAGAUCAACUCCAUCCACGAGGUGAUAGAAACAGGAAAGAUCUGCAUCCUGGACGUCAACCCGCAGGCCAUCAAAGUCCUGCGGACGUCAGAGUUCCUGCCUUAUGUUGUUUUCAUUGAAGCCCCAGACUAUGAGGUUCUUAAAGCCAUGAAUCGGUCAGCAAAAGAGUCAGGAGUCAUCACAAAACAGUUAACGGACUCUGAACUAAAGAGGACGGUGGACGAGAGCGAGCGCAUCAAAAGAGCCUACGAACAUUACUUUGACAUCUGCAUCAUAAAUGACGGACUGGAGGCGGCUUUCCGAAGUCUACGGCUGGCGCUGGAAAAACUGGCAUCGGAGCAGCAGUGGGUGCCCGUCAGCUGGGUCUUCUGAAAAUCGUCGGCAGGAGCUCAGCGGCUAAGGUGUCAGAACCCGCAAGGUCAAAGGUCGGAGGACGGUUUUUAAAAUUCGCAGCUCCAAGGGGGGGGCGGUUUCCGCGCAGCCGUCGGUGGUGGAGGCCUGUCGCGAAGGGCCGAGCGUCGCGAUUCCGUGAAAACGAGCAGCCUCAUGUAGAGCAUUUCUUUUGUAAAAACUAAGUGUUCCUCUGUCGAGCCUCACGUCAAGUUGUAUUUUAUUUGCCAGAAGUGGACUCAUCAUUGAUAUCUGUUGAGAAGGAUUUUAGAGCUGGCGAUGAGGUUUAGUGCAAUAGUGUGAGUGGGCGUGGGUCAUCAUAAACGUGGAACUAGGCUUAGAGUGUGUUUUGCAGAUAAAAGUGCUCCGUCUGAGGUUUUGCAUUGAAGGAAAUUCAACUUUUUAGCCUUUUCAAAUCUUAAUGACUUCAUGUAGUGUAAUGUUUACAUCGGAUCGGUACUAGGACAAAUUGCGGAAAGAUACCAAAUGUUAUGUUUGUAUUAAAUUCUCUAUAUUUUACCAUUUGAUCAUAAAGUAUGAUUGUACGUCUUCAGAAAUGUGCUUUAUCCUGUAUCUCCACUCAUUUAAAAAAAUGAACAGCAAUAGAUAGUUAUAUACAAAAAGCAUAUAUGUGCAAUACAUCUACUCACAUGUCAUACAGAAAUAUAUACGCAUAAAACACAGUGAGAGCAGUGGGGGAUUUAAAAUCUAAUAUUUAGUCUCAGUUUCCUCUUUAAUGUGGGUUACAUUGCUGGUUCCUGUCCGAUACUGGGAAUGCGUUUGGUUUGUUUGGCAGUGAAAGGCGUCCAACCACUGCCUGCUUGAUUCUGUCAAAGUCGCAUUUGUAGCACUGACAACACAUAAACCGUAUUUAUUUGAAAAAACAACAACUAAGAAGUAGCCUACAGUAUAUACUGAUUGUACGAUGGAGGUAAACAUGUUACUCAACACUACACUUUCUUUGUUAUUUUACAACUAUAUAUUAAUAUUAACUAAUAUUUAUUGGUGGCUUCGUCAUCUUACUUUUGCCUUAACAUGGUUCGAAAGCCAAGGAAACACUAUUUUUUCAUCAAGGAAUAUUUCACUUCUGUCACUGUACAAGUUCCCUCUUAGAAAAUAGGAGAAAAAAAAGAUCAUACUGGCAACUUAUUUAAUAUUUAUUUUAUUUUUCCCUA